GGCUGGUUCCAGGCGGAAGUCGGGAGGUUCGAUGGUCCGAAGACGCCAGCUUGUGACGGGGAGGGGGAGAAGGAAGGUUUCCGUAAGGGGUGCCUUUCGGGUCCUUCGCUCCCAGAGACCCUCGGAAAAAGCCCGCCAUACCGACCCUGCGGCUAGCCCCUCCCCCAGGCUCUCUCCGCUCGAUUUCGCACCGUUAUGUGGGAAGCGAAUCCGCUUCUGAGUCCUAGAAAAAUCACUGACCAUGAAGCAGGAAUGCAACAUCUGAAAGCGAGAUCCAACUGUGUAGCCCAGGCUGGCUCCAAGCUAAUCCUCCUACGUCUGGUAUCCCCAAUGCUGAAAUCACAGUGAAAUGGCCAAAUGGUGUGAGCAGUGCUGGACGAGGAAAGCAGAAGUGUGGACUAGUUAACGGAACAGUUGAUCUUACAUUCUAAGUCAUCAUCUUUAUUAUCUGGUUAAAACACAUAAGAUGUUUCACAAGACAGAGGAAUUCUUUCCCAAGAAGACGGAGAGUGAUGUGGAUGACAUGGACACAUCAGACACACAGUGGGGCUGGUUCUACCUGGCGGAAUGUGGGAAGUGGCACAUGUUUCAGCCGGAUACCAACAUUCAAUGUUCAGUUAGCAGUGAAGAUAUCGAAAACAGCUUCAAAACAAACCCUUGUGGCUCCAUUUCCUUUACCACUUCCAAAUUCAGCUACAAGAUAGACUUUGCAGAAAUGAAGCAGAUGAAUCUCGUCACUGGAAAACAGCGCCUAAUAAAAAGGGCCCCUUUCUCCAUCAGUGCCUUCAGUUACAUCUGUGAAAAUGAGGCCAUCCCCAUGCCAGCACACUGGGAGAACGUGAACACUGAAGUGCCCUACCAGCUGAUUUCCCUGCAGAACCAAACACAUGAGUACAAUGAAGUUGCCAGUCUUUUUGGGAAAACAAUGGAUCGGAACCGAAUUAAAAGGAUCCAAAGGAUUCAAAACUUAGACCUAUGGGAGUUCUUUUGCAGGAAAAAGGCUCAGCUCAAGAAAAAGCGAGGUGUCCCUCAGAUCAACGAGCAGAUGCUGUUUCACGGCACCAGCAGUGAAUUCGUGGAAGCCAUCUGCAUUCACAACUUUGAUUGGAGAAUCAAUGGUGUGCAUGGUGCUGUCUUUGGAAAAGGAACCUAUUUCGCGCGAGAUGCUGCAUAUUCCAGUCGUUUCUGCAAAGAUGAUAUCAAGCACGGGAACACAUUCCAGAUUCAUGGGGUCAGCUUGCAGCAGCGGCAUCUGUUCAGAACCUAUAAAUCCAUGUUUCUUGCUCGAGUGCUAAUUGGGGAUUACAUAAACGGAGACUCCAAAUACAUGAGACCUCCUUCCAAAGACGGGAGCUAUGUGAAUUUGUAUGACAGCUGUGUGGAUGACACCUGGAACCCAAAGAUCUUUGUGGUUUUUGAUGCCAACCAGAUCUACCCUGAGUACUUGAUAGACUUUCACUGACCCCACCUCCCCAGGCUCAGUAGUGAAAGCUUUGCUCUCUCAUUGCAGGAGGAUUUGGCCCCCUAUCUUCUAGCCGCUAAUAUAAAUAUUGGAUACUUUUGAAACAGAUGCCGAAAAGAAUGCGGCCUCAAUGUAUAAAGAAGUACUGGCUGUGAGGUUGGUUGUAUGUUUUCCUGUUUCUGUCUGUCACAGUUUUGUUAAAGACCGAUGCUGUUGCCAUUUUAACAUAUGGGAA